UGUUACACUCGAGUGUAGCGGUGUAGCUAGCGAGAACAAGUUAAAUGUAUGGUUUCAAGGAUUAAUUUUUAUUUCAAGAAAAAUUUUAAACCUCUGAUAAAUAUUAAUAAUUAUUGAUUGGUGUUUACUGGCAAAUAGUAUGACUCCCUAAGUAGUGAUAGUUUCAGUCAGAGGGAUAGAAAAAUCAACAUUCAAGAAUAUUUCAUGGACGGAGAGUUCGAUGUCAGAAAACAAUCAGUUGGUCCUGCAUGCCGUGCACCACUUUGAGAAUUCCGUUCAGUCUACCUUGCACUUCUAUUUUCGUUAUUUUGCUCUGUAAGAAUCACGUCUUUGUAAACUUGUAAACAUAAGGACAACAUGGCUGCCUAUAUAAAUCGCACAAUAUCAAUGAUUGGAAACGAAAGCCAAUAUCGUACAAAUGAUGCUAGAACUGAAAAUUCACCUCUGCAGAUAUUUGUCAAAGCCAAGAAGAAGAUCAACCACAUUUUCGAGGAAAUAGAAGAUUAUGUUCAGGACACUGUUGGAUUUAUGGAGUCUCUUCGAGAUGAUCGAGAAGUCAUCAAUAACGAAGAGGUGAAAAUAAUUACCUCAUAUGUCGAGAAAGUGCGAGGAAUUCGGGACGUGCUCAGACGGGAUCACAUGAAGGUUGCAUUUUUCGGACGGACAAGCAACGGAAAGAGUACUGUCAUCAAUGCCAUGUUACGAGACAAAAUACUGCCAAGUGGAAUAGGUCACACAACAAAUUGCUUUCUUCAAGUAGAAGGUUCAGAAAAUAAUGAAUCCUACCUAAUAACAGAAGGGUCUAAAGAAAAGCAGCCCGUUCAGUCGGUUGGACAACUUGGUCAUGCAUUGUGUAAGGAGAAACUAUCUGAGAGUCAUUUGGUACGAAUUUUCUGGCCGAAGGAAAAAUGUCUUCUCCUCAGAGACGAUGUUGUAUUUGUCGAUAGUCCUGGAGUCGAUGUUACACCAAAUUUAGAUGAAUGGAUCGAUAAACAUUGCUUGGAUGCAGAUGUUUUUGUGCUCGUUGCAAAUGCGGAAUCCACUUUGAUGGUGACGGAAAAAAACUUCUUUCACAAAGUAUCUACAAAAUUAUCGAAACCAAAUAUCUUCAUUUUAAAUAAUCGUUGGGAUGCUUCUGCUUCAGAACCAGAAUUUUUAGACGAGGUAAGAGCGCAGCAUCAAGAACGAGCUGUGGACUUUUUAGCGAGAGAAUUAAAGGUCUACAGUCCAAAGGAUGCUGAGGAACGUGUAUUUUUCAUUUCUGCGAAGGAAACGCUUUUGGCCCGUCUAGAAGAACACCGUGGCAAUCCAGCACAUAAUGGUGCUCUGGCUGAAGGAUUUCAGAAUCGUUACUUUGAAUUUCAAGAUUUUGAAAGAAAGUUUGAAGAAUGUAUCUCCAAGUCAGCUGUAAAAACGAAAUUCGAACAACAUUCGCAACGUGGAAAACAUAUUGCAACAGAAAUCCGACAGACAUUAGAUGAAAUACUCGAGCGCACACAAAAAAUGAGAGCCGAGCAAUUGAACAAUAAAAAAGAAGUUCAUGAUAAAUUAAAUUUCACCGAACAACAACUCCUUUUAUUAACUCAAGAAAUGAAAGAUAAAAUUCACCACAUGGUCGAGGAUGUCGAACAACGAGUAUCAAAGGCUCUAAGUGACGAGAUUCGCAGAUUAUCUGCUCUUAUAGAUGAAUUUAGUGUUCCGUUUCAUCCAGAACCACUCGUUUUGAAUGUUUAUAAACGUGAACUUCAUUCGCACGUUGAAAAUGGUUUAGGUUCGAAUUUAAGAGCAAGGCUCAGCACUGCUUUGGCUAUGAAUAUUGAAACCUCACAACGGGAAAUGACGGACAGAAUGUCAGUUUUACUACCGGAGAAUAAGAAACAAAUGUCGCUCAAUAUUCUUCCACGUAGAGAGCCUUUCGAAAUUUUGUAUAGACUCAAUUGUGAUAAUCUUUGCGCAGAUUUUCAUGAAGAUCUUGAAUUCAGAUUCUCAUGGGGUUUCACGGCUAUUAUUAGCAGGUUCGCUGGUAAACAAAGUCAACGGGCUGCCAUUGCAAAUUAUCCUCAGGAUAUACCACCGUACAUUGCUUCACCUGCAGACAGCAUAGAUUCAUCAAAGUUCGUCACCACUGUGGCAUCUUUUCCGAACAGACAAGAUGAUUGGUCGCUGGCUACGAAAGUUGCAAUUGCUUCAAUAACUUCACAAGGCACUAUGGGUGGACUAAUUGUUGCUGGCUUCAUGUUAAAAACCGUCGGAUGGAGAUUAAUUGCCGUUACAGGCGCCAUUUAUGGAGCCUUGUAUCUUUAUGAAAGAUUAACGUGGACGAAUACAGCAAAAGAACGAGAAUUCAAACGUCAAUAUGUUGAUCAUGCGACAAAAAAAUUGAAGUUAAUUGUCGAUCUUACUUCAGCAAAUUGUAGUCAUCAAGUACAACAAGAAUUAUCAAGUACAUUCGCUCGUCUUUGUCACUUGGUGGAUGAGAGUACCUCAGACAUGGACAUGGAGUUGAAGAAAAUUGCAACAUCUCUCCGUACACUCGAGGAAGCUGCCACGAGUGCUAAAGUUUUAAGAAACAAGGCCAAUUAUCUGACCAAUGAACUUGAUUUAUUUGAUGCCGCUUAUCUCAAGUCGUUGAAUUAAAUUCUAGGGUAAUAGUCAAGGAAUUCAGCGGAACUGCGGAAAAAGUCUUUAAAGAUCUUCACGUGUGAAAAAGGGUUUUUAGACCAUUUUUUACAUAUCUUAAUUUCAUGGAAUCUUUUAGAUAUGUGUAUAUGAUUUGAUUAUUUUUGAUUAUUUUUGAUUUUUAAUACUCCUCAUCCCUUGCCUUUUCUACACGUGGAUGGAAAGUUUCUAUUAUUAUUUAUGGAAAUCUAGUCUCAAAUUAAUUGCAGAUGCCUGUAACAGUGCAUAGUUGAUUUUUUCCACUUGUAAUCGAUUUUUUUUAAAUAUAUACGUAUAUAUUAUUAUAUGUGUAUAUUGUAUAUAAUUAUAUGUCAAAGACUUUUAUAUGUAUAUAUAAUAUAUAUGUGCAUAUUAUUUAUCAUUGUUGGAUCCUAAUGAAAUAUGUGUUAUAUAUUAUAUAUGUAAUUGUUAAUUUUUUUCUACGAAAUUAAAAGAUUUAUUUUUAUUCUUAUUCACACUGUACGAGGCAACUGAUCAUGAGUUUAGUAGAGUACUUAUACUUUAGAUUUGAGAAUAUUUUUAUUUAUGAAUAACAUCUAUUAUCUACAUUAUUAGAUUUUACUAUUAAGAUUGUAUGUUAUAUUAAUAAAGUUGACGAUUGUA